GAAGAAGAGAGAGAGAGAGAGAGAGAGAGAGAGAGAGAGAGAGAGAGAGAGAGAGAGAGCCGUACAAAAACAAUUUGAUAAUUCAAACUUGAAAAUACAUUACAUACACCAAACUAAUAGAAGGAGAACAGGUCGCAGAGUCUGAAUCUCAUCCAAUUUCUCCCAAUUUUGGCUUCAAUUCAAUCUCGACCAAGGUCGAAGAUGAAUGCGUAGCUAGAUCAAGAUCGCGCCAACUUUGCUUUCUUGAUACCAAUUCCGGCGCCCCCCCAACUGCCCGGAAUACCCGAUUCCAACAGCUGGCCGCCAUGAACGACUUCGAAGGCCUCUUGCCGCCCGAUUACGGCUUCAAGCCCCAGGGCAAGUCGGCCCCAAUGGCCGGCUCCAGAGCAACCUCCUCCUCCAACCCUAGAUCCUCCUCCCGCGCCUCGGUCGGAUCGUACGGAAUCGACCCUGAUUCUUUAUUCGGCGCCAGGGGCAAUCAGAAGUCCCAGGCUUUUGAUGAAUUCGGCGAUAUAUUCAGGAAACCGGAGGCUCGCAAAGGGGGCAAUUCGUCCGCCCACGCCGACUCGAGCCCGCCGGUUUUCGACAAGCCAGUCUAUGAUGACGAUAUAUUCGAUGGGGUCCCCGGGCUGAAGACCUCCAAUAGUGUAAAUUAUGAGAACGUGUUUGCACCCAAGAAGGAGAGCGGCAGUGGCCGAUUCGAUGAUCUUGUGGCCGGUCUAGGAAAGAAGGAAGAUUAUUCCAAGGGUAAGGGAUCGAAGAAUGCUGAUUUCGAUGACCUUUUACCUGGGUUCAGUGGAAGUAGCUCGUCUACUCAAAGGCAAACAAAAGAGUCUGAUUGGUCUUCAAGGCCUACCAUGAAUUCAAAUAAAAAGAUGGACGAUCCCUUUGCAGGAGUAGGGUCUACUUCACCCCAUGUCGCCUCAUCUUCUGGGCUUUAUACUGACCCAUUAGAAGAAAUUAGUAAGCUCAGUAAUUCUGGAAGCGCAAGAAGCAAUGAGCAGUCUGCUAUGAAUAAGGGAUCAAAUGAUGAUUUGGACCCCUUCGACAGUAUCAGGAAAUCUAUGCCUUCCUUGUCAACCGAAAAGAUUAAUGGAGCUAAGGAUGAGAGCCCUUUGAGGACCGAUGGCAGCUCUGGUGAUAGUAAUAGAUUUUCUGUUAGAAGUGCUGGCACUCACUCAAGGGGGACGACACAUGUAGACAGAGCUCGUGAAUCUCAAUCGACAUUUUUCAACAUGCCUACAUUCUCGAACAGUACUCGUCAAUCUACCAGUCAUUCUGCUUCCUACCCAUCUCAAGAAAACGGGAUUUCCACUGAAGCAAAUAUUCAGGCUGAUGAUGUGGGAUCUUCUGAUGAGGUGUGGCUUACUGUGUCAGAGAUUCCGCUUUUCACUCAACCAACAAAAGCUCCGCCUCCUUCUAGGCCCCCUCCACCUCGACCAGUACGACCUUCAAAGACAGGGAGCAGUUCGUUUGGAUCGAGAAAUGGUAAAUUUCCAAGUUCCAGUCAACAGUUUACAGGUUCAAAGCCAGUUCCUCCUGCAAAUAGGAGUUCAGUUGCUUCAUCCAUUGAUGAGCUUGAAGAUUUUGCCAAGGGCAGGAGUCGAAAUAAUAAUUCUGAUGAUCUUACAAAUGGUCUUUCAACCGAGGAACUGGAUAUGCACUCUGAUGCUGCAGCUUCAGCAGCAGCAAUGAAGGAGGCAAUGGAAAGAGCUGAAGCGAAGUUCAGGCAUGCAAAGGAAAUGAGGGAAAGAGAGAAUUCAAGGGCUGCAAGAAGUAGAGAAAGUGUGCAGCUCGAAAAGGAUGAGAGUGUGGAAGACAUUUUCAGGGACAAACAAGAGAGGUUAGAGCGUGAGCAGUUGCAGAGAGAAAAGGAUGAGGAAGAGAGGGAACGGAGGAGACUUGAGAAAGAGAGGGAAAGGGAGGAACAGGAAAGAGAACAGAGGAGAAUUGAGAGGGAAAGGGCCCGUCAAGCUGUGGAGAGGGCCACAAGGGAAGCACGGGAGAGAGCGGCCGCUGAAGCCCUACUUAAAGCAGAAAGGGCUGCUGUUGGGAAGGCCCAAACUGACGCCCGUGAACGUGCUGAGAGGGCUGCUGUUCAGAGAGCCCAAGCUGAGGCCCGCGAGAGAGCGGCCAAUGAGGCGAAGGAAAGAGCCGAGAGGGCUGCAGCUGAAGCGAGGGACAGGGAAAUGCGUGAGAAGGCUGCAGAAGCAAGGGUGCGGGCAGAAAGAGCUGCAGUGGAGAGAGCUGCUGCAGAAGCUCGGGAAAGGGCUGCAAAGGAGGCCCGAGAAAAGGCUGCUGCAGCUGCAAGGGCAAGUCAACAGAAGAAUGCAAAUGAUCUCGAUUCCAUUUUCAACAUGGGUUCUCAGGCCCCGAGGCCUAGGGCAAGUGCAUCGGACCCGGCAUUCAAUGGACAGUUCCAGACGAGGCAAGGGCAUGCGGCAGCGAAAACAUCUGCUACAGCAACAUCGAACAUAAAGAAAGCUGCUUCAACAGCAAAUAUUGUUGAUGAUCUUACCUCUAUUUUUGGUGGUGCUGCACCGUCUGGAGAAUUCCAGGAAGUUGAAGGUGAGACCGAGGAAAGACGAAGAGCCAGAUUGGAACGCCAUCAGAGGACUCAGGAGCGAGCUGCAAAGGCACUAGCUGAGAAGAACCAGCGAGACCUUCAGACACAGAGGGAACAGGAAGAAAGACAUAGAAUUGCGGAAACAUUAGACAUUGAGAUAAAGCGUUGGGCAGCAGGCAAAGAGGGAAACUUGCGCGCUCUUCUCUCAACCUUGCAAUAUGUGCUCUGGCCUGAAUGUGGUUGGCAACCUGUUUCUUUGACUGAUCUGAUAACCGGCGCAGCAGUUAAAAAAGUUUACAGAAAGGCGACUCUGUGCAUACAUCCCGAUAAGGUGCAGCAGAAAGGUGCCAAUCUUCAGCAGAAGUACAUUGCUGAGAAGGUCUUUGACCUGCUUAAGGAAGCUUGGAACAAGUUCAAUUCAGAAGAGCUCUUUUGAAAUUUUUUUGGGGCAUAUAAUAAUACCUCCGCUUGGGCUACUUUAUUUUGCUACCAUUCCGAUUUUUGGGGAGAGUUGUCCCUGUAAGGUGACAACGGUGAAUGCUUACUCGGGAUGUGAUGAAACGCAACCUUCACCGGCGGCAGAAGAUUUCUUCCAUGCUUCUCCCUAUAUGGGGUUUUCUCACGACCUGCGUAUUCUUUUGGGCUGUCGGUCGAAGGCGAAUGACUCAUCGAGCCAGUGCAGCUAUCGAGUUCCGAUUGUUAUUCAGAUCUUCACAUUCCGAGUAAGGAGGGGCUCCCAGCUAUUUUGCCACUGUUCUGUACCUUUGUUUGCUUGUGAUAUAUAUCUUCAUUUAUUAUUUGAAUAUACAUAUAUAUGUAUCCUCCUGUAUUUGUUUUUGGAGGAAGACUUGAAGAUCUGUUGUGAUAUAUGAUUGAUUCCUAAGCAGAUAAAAAUUUCUGUUUUACUGCUGGAUCUUCUUCUA